AUGACUUAUUCAAUAUUUAUUUAAACUCCAGAAGGUAAUCAACUCCAUUUCAGAGGAUCUGAAAUUAGUGAUAUAAAGGUUUUUGUAGGUCACGAACUUGGAAUUCCAGAAGAUAUGCAAAAAUAUCAUAUAGGUGGGAGACUGUUGUCAAAUAUUUCUCAAUUGAGUGAUUUAUGUACUAUAACUCUGUUUUUGGGAUUGCAAGGUAAGGAAAUCAUCAAUAUUAUUAGGUGGUAAGGGUGGUUUUGGGUCAUUAUUGAAAAAUUAAGCUUAAACUAGAAGAAAGAUUAUCAAUUGGGAUCAAUCCAGAGAUAGAGAUGGUAGAAGGAUUAUUAAUUCUAAGAAUACAAUCAAUUUAAUCAACUAUUUCUAGAAUAAAAAGGAUGAGCCAACUAAAAUUAAGAAGGAAAGGGAUUAAGUUGAAUUAACUUAAGCAACAUUAAAAGCGAAUGAAAGCAAUAUCAAAUUGGAUUAGGUUUAUAUUAGAAGAAACUAAUAAAACGAAAAGAAUAUUGAGAAUUCAAUAUAAUAGGCAAAAGGUAAUUACAAGGCUAGGAAAUAAGCAGAAAAAGUAAAGGAAAAGGUAGAACUUGAUUUUUUGAAUGAAAUUGAUUAAUUUUUAGAAGGUGAAAAAUUAGAAUAAGAAUAAUAAAACAAUACAGAUGAACAAAUGAAUAAAUCAGAAAGUGUUGGAACUGAAGAACCUGAAAUAUUAAAGAAAGUUAAAGUUUGA